AGAAAUUACGGUACGGAAAGCUAUGAGCUUGAUUUGGGUGCCGACGAUCUCAGAGUUGACUUGUCGUUUCUGAAACCGCUCACUGCUUAUGAAGUUAAAGUGAUAGCUGUGAAUGAUGUCGGCAAUAGCAAUGCCCGCUCGAUUGUUAUCAGUACACCUGAAUUUGUGGAAGGAAGAAGAGGCGCCGAGGAAUCCAGUUGGCUACGAACUGCCCUGCUUAUCUUUGUGUUGUUUUUGUCGUUAAUCCUCACUAUCGACAUUAUUCGCUACGCAAAGCAUCGCAGCGGAUUGCUGGCACUAAUGUGUUCAAAUUGCUUCGCUAGAAGUGACACGGAGCAUACCAGUGAAGCAAAAAGCGUAUUACAGGACGAUAAGAUCGAAAAUAAUCAUUUGUUGACUGAUGAACAGAGCAGUCCACCAGUAACCGUAAAGUAUGCUGGAGUAAAGAAGCAUGAAAUGGAUUCGUGCGAUCUAUAA